UUAGCAAUAAAAAUGAAGCUCCUGGCUUUUCUGCUUCUUAGCUUGUAUAUCUUUUAUGUGAAGAGUGAAGCGUGUGAUAAACCUGAGCCAGACACUGACUACUGUCUUAGAGUCUGUUACAAAACAAAUAACACUGUUUGUGCAAAUAAUGGAAUAUGCUAUUCUCAUUUCUAUAAUAUGUGCGUACUGAGUAACAAAAAUUGCCAUUGCAUAGAGCACAAAUUGCCAGUAUUCAAAUUUAUUAGCAAAGGACCAUGCGUUAACCCGACAUUGAGAAGAUGUUUAAAUCCCCCGGUCACGCCACCACCACCCGCAUCUUCCAGAGGCUGAUUGUACUUAAAACUGUUUCCUUUUUUAACCAAAAAUAAAAGCAAUUCAACAGCCACAGA